AUGCCUGGCGCCAGCGUCGCUGUUCUCGCUCCGCAAGCGGCAUCGACGCCUUCCUCGAGGAAGGCGUCUCUCGUGCCGGAACGCAAGUACAAGUGUCAGUUUUGCAAUCGAGCCUUCAGCAGGAGCGAGCAUCGAAGCAGACAUGAACGUUCACAUACCAAAGAGCGACCUUUCAAGUGCAUGAAAUGUAGAAGUACCUUUGUCCGACGUGAUUUACUCCUCAGACAUGAUCGAACAGUGCACGCCAAGGAUGGCGGUGUACCACUUCACAGCGAUGGCAAACGCCGCGCAGGCGGGCCCAAAACACGUGCUGUCGGGACACCGGCAAAAACACCAUUGGCACUCGAUACGUCGACUCUGGAGCAAAUGGAAGCUGGAAACGAUGGUCUUUUUGAUGUGGAAGCGGCUGCCAUGCUGGUUGCUGACCUUCACCAUAAAGCCACUGCUGCCAUGCGCGUAGAUGAGGGAAACUUGGAGGACAAUCCAUCCGCGGCUAUAUCUCCCCAUGGAUCAACCCUCAUGGAAUCGACUGUCACGUAUCCGUCUGGAGCUAUAGCUUUGCCUCAAAUGCAAUGGGAGGGGUUUCUGCCCUCAUCGGUACACGAGCCCAAAAGUCACUCAAUAGCGUCCAGUAUAUCUGGAUCUUUCGAAUCCCAACAAUCCGUCGCGUCGGGGACCACCCUUCAGCCACGAGCCAACCAACUGCCACCAAGAGGUGGACAGCACGCCAGCGGUAUCGUACCUGCCCUGCAGUCCAUCAUCCAGGCCAUCCCCGAAUCCAGCGCCGGCACCCCGGGAGCACAGAGUCCGUCCCUCCUUGAUCCUGCUCAUGCUGGCUUCCAGUCUCCCCAAAUCAUGGGCGAUGAGGAACGCAAUGCCAUUCUCGAUCACAUUCGCUGCUACGAUCGAGAGCACGCCAUUCCCGAAGGCUUCCGCUUACCUGGUUUGGGAUCCUUGAACCGCUAUCUGUCGACUUACUUCGGCCUAUUUCACCACCACCUGCCUUUUCUGCAUCCCGCAUCGUUCAAUCCUUGCCAGGUGUCGCCUCCGCUGCUGUUGGCUGUCCUAAGCAUCGGGGCUCUCUAUGCCUUUGACCAGGAUCAAGCGUACAUGCUUCACAUUGGCUCAAAGGUGUUGGUAAACCAGUUUCUCCAGAACAAGGAAAACUUCAGUUCUCGAAAAUGUCCCCUCUGGACCAUGCAGAGUUCGCUCCUCAACAUGAUUUUCGCCAGCUGGAGUGGAGACCCCAAGGGCCUCGAGUGGGCCUGCUCGAUCAAGAGUCUCCUGGCCAACAUGGUUGCCGGUAACAGAUACGAGCUCAAGCUGCGCCAAGAAGCACGCGGUGCCGCCACGCCGAGUCGCCUGGAAUGGGUCGAAGAUGAGGGUUGUCGCCGCACUUAUUACGCCGUCUACAUUUUCUUUGGGCUUUUGACGUUGACCUACAACCACACUCCUGCCAUCAGCUUCAAUGAGUUUGAAGAUCUCCAGCUCCCGUCAACAGAGGCCUUGUGGAACGCUCGCAUCGUGGAUGAUGCCGCAUGGCCCGAGCAUCUGGGCAGGUCGCCAAUCAUCACCUUCAUGGAGGCGCAUGACAACCUGUUUCAGGGCGAGAAACUGCGGUACAGCGCCUUUGCGACUCGUGUGAUGAUCAAUGCUCUGUUCCUUGAGGUGUGGUAUCAUAAACGCAGUCCCGAGGCGUUGCAAGACGUGGUUACCGAAUACAAGCUCCGCCUUGCGCUCGAGACCUGGGAACAGUCGUUGGACAUGUGCGAGCCGGAGUCGGCUGCUGUUAUGCUGAGUGCCCCUCACAAGGGACACCCCCUGCUCUUCAAUGCCAAAGCCAUGUAUCGCAACGCUCGUGCUCGACUCGAAGUCGACCUCAAGAGCGUGCAAGAAGCCCUACGAUACCACGAUUCAUACGAAGUGGCAGCGGCCAUGUCACAUGCUCGCGAUCGGGUAAAGCGCUCGAGUGAAAUGCUCAAGGUGAUUCAAGAAUGCUACAACUGCAUCGAGACGGCCGUUGUUCAGGGAGUCCGCUGGGUGGCGCGGACGUCACCGACCAACUGGAGCGUGGAGCAUCCUCUCUGCGGCAUGGACUUGAUGAUCGUCCUGUCGUUGUGGCUCUACCGCCUGGAGCACGACGAGGAGCCUGCAACACUGGAAGAACUGGCCAUGUACAACAAGAUUCGACAGCUCUUUGCCAAAGAUCUCGAUGAGAGCUACAUGUCACAGAUGAGCUCAAUUGUGGCUCGACUCUGGGGUUCGAUGCUGGACGAAGUCGUUGUGUGGGGCAUCACCCGUCUGAUGGGAGAAUCUUUUAAGCUGCACUCGCAGGCGCUUGUUGGCUACGUUGACGAUCUGGAAGCUUCGUCAAACGUAUCUACUCCUUCAAUGACAUCGCAGGGCCCUGACGAGGACAGCGUGUACUAA